AUGAGGUUUCUGGUAGCCAUCGGAUUGCUGUGUCUAGUGACCGUUUGGGGCCGGGAGAUUGCCCAGGCGGACUUGGAGACCGCAGCGAGUCACCACAAAGGCCAUCACCACGAGGAGGGGGGUGGAAAGGAGCACCACGCCCACCAUCACCACCACCACGACGAGGGCGGCCACAAGGGGCACAAAGGUCAUCACCACCACCACAAAGGCGAGCACGGGGAACACCACAAACAUCACCACAAAGGGCAUCACCACGAGCACGGAGGCGGUCACAAGAAGCACUGGGACGAGCACGACAAGCACGGCCACCACCACGAGCACGGGCAUCACCACAAAGGCGGGAAGCACCACCACAAGAAGCAUCACGAUAAAGGGGAAGAGACUGAGGGUUACCAUAAGAAGUACCAUAAGGACGAGUACCAUAAAGAUCAUCACUUCUACGAUGACCACCACAAGGAGGGCAAGCACCACAAACACGGGCACCACCACGGGCAUCACGAGCAUAAAGGGGGUCACCACAAGAAGGGUGGUCACCACCACUCCGGCCACCACGAAGGGCACCACGGCCACCACAAGCACCACGACAAACACCACUAUGAUGAGGACCACAAGGGGCAUAAGGGGCAUCACGGGCACGAGGAACACCACCACCACCACCACGACCACGGCAAGAAGGGAGGCCAUGAGGACCAUAAACAUUGGGGAUUCCACCACGGAAAGCACUGA